AUGGUCGCAGCAUCCAGCAUCGCCGUCAUUACCGUCGGCUUCGCCUCAUGGGCAUAUGCCACAUUGCAGUCGCCGCCGGCGCUGCAGCCACAGCCACAGCCCAGAGCAAUCAACGCAACGAGCUUACCGCCGCAAGCUGUGCUCGUCGAUCCGCGCUCCUUUGCCGCGCUCGGGAACAACGGCGCGUUCCGCCAGAGCGCGUUCACGGAGUUCCUCAACCCGACGAACACGAGCCCGCCGUUCUUCCAGGUGUUCGACCCCGCGUUCCUGCGCAUCCUCGGCCCGAGCGCGACGGUCCGGGCGGUCGCCGCGAACCCGACGUUUGCCUUCGCGCAUGAGGCGCCGAUCUGGCUGCCGAGUACGGACGAAGUCACGUUCGCCAGCAACGACGGCGGGGCGCUCGGGAUGAGCGACAUCGACCACAAUAACCAGGUGUCGAAGAUCAGCUUGAAGGAAGUCGCGGCUGCGAUCAAGGCCGCUGGACGCGGCACUGCCGCCGUAAAUGUGUCCGUCACGACGCUCGACCUCCCGGAUACGAUCCAGAUGACAAACGGCGGCACGGGCCCAUUCAACGGGGACCUGAUACUCAUCAACUCCGGGCGUGGUCCUCUGCCGCCCUCGGUUGCCCUCGUCAACCCGUCCCCUCCACACAACACCACCGUGCUCUUGGACAACUUCUUCGGGAGGCAGUUCAACUCGCUCAACGAUGCGAAGAUCCGCCCAGGGACUAACAAGAUUUUCUUCACGGAUGUCACGUAUGGAUUCUUGAACCACUUCCGCCCAUUGCCCCUCAUGCCGAACCAAGUGUACCGCCUCGACCCCGAGACGAGGGCAGUACGCGUGGUCGCGGACGGGUUCGACAGAUGCAACGGGAUCGCGUUCAGCAGGGACGGCAAGACGGCAUUCGUGACUGACACAGGGUCCGUGGCGGGAUUCCUCGGGAACAACCAGACGGAGCCUGCCACGGUCUACGCGUUUGACGUCGAUCCGAAGACCGAAGCGUUCAAGAACCGUCGCGUUUUCGCGUACGUCGACACCGGAAUCGCGGACGGCAUACAGGUCGAUGCGGACGACAACGUGUACGCGGGCUGCGGGGACGGCGUACAUGUAUGGGGCCCAGACGGCACCCUGCUGGGCAAAAUCUUCCUCGGCACGACAUCCGCCAACCUCGUCUUCGCGGGAGACCAGCGGUUGGUCAUCAUGGCUGAGACGACGAUAUACUUGGCGCAAAUCGCGGCGAAGGCGAACAAGCUUUCGUUCCCGUGA